CAAACCAGCAGCUCCUCCACCAGUAGCUGACACUGCUUCAGAUAGUGUUAUUGAUAGUAUUUAUUAUUUUACAAUCCUCUGAUUAAUUCGGAUUAAACAGUUGAAGGAGAGUCAUCUUAUAACGCAACAAAAUGGCAGACAAAAUUAAAGAUGCCAAGAUCAUCUUUGUUGUGGGUGGGCCUGGCUCUGGAAAGGGCACCCAGUGUGAAAAGAUAGUGGCAAAGUACGGCUACACCCACCUGUCAUCUGGGGACCUGCUCCGUGCUGAGGUGGCUUCCGGCUCCGAGAGGGGCAAGCAGCUCCAGGCCAUAAUGCAGAAGGGAGAGCUUGUGCCCCUGGACACAGUUUUGGACAUGAUCAAGGACGCCAUGAUUGCCAAGGCUGACGUCUCCAAGGGCUACCUCAUCGAUGGUUACCCCCGUGAGGUGAAGCAGGGCGAGGAGUUCGAGAAGAAGAUCGGCAAACCCUGCCUGCUGCUGUACGUCGACGCCAAAGGCGAGACGAUGGUCAAGAGGCUCCUGAAGCGCGGCGAGACCAGCGGCCGCUCCGACGACAACGAGGAGACCAUCAAGAAGCGUCUGGACCUGUACUACCAAGCGACAGAGCCGGUCAUUUCCUUCUACGAGAGCCGUGGCAUCGUGAGGAAGGUUGACUCUGAGCUGCCAGUGGACGAGGUCUUCAGCCAAGUGUCCAAGGCUGUUGAUGCACUGUAGUAAAACAACGUGACUAGAUGAGCUGUGUCUGGUUGUUCUUUUUAUUCUUUUUAUUCCAUCCGUGUCAAUAUCAUGAGGACAAAACAUGAACGACAACAUGACGAAACACAACAGGAGGCCACGACGGGUGAAAAGAUGCCUUAACUCCACUUCUACUCCAGCAAUAAGAAUCUACAAUUUUGAGCUCACGCGACGAUGAUUCCGCUUAAAGCUGCGUCUAUAAAAUCAAUUUGUUUCUUCAUAA